CAAUAACAUUAUUCCUUACCGAUAAUAAACAAUUUACUCCUUAUUAUUUUUAACCGGGGACGCUCCUGCUUGCGCGACUCAUCGGCGUCUCGACGUCUUCGAUUAUUCCAGUGCGCCCCGUCAGUCGAUCCCAUAUUGUGCAAUAACGCGUAUUUACACGGAAAUUUUCCUUGUCCAGUUUUUCAUUUAAUUCGUAGUAAUUCGGUGUGAAAAUGGCUCAUUCCCAAAUAAGACAGAAUUUCCAUAAGGACUGCGAGGAUGCCAUUAAUAAACAGAUCAAUAUGGAGUUGUUUGCGAGUUAUACGUAUUUGAGUAUGGCCUAUCAUUUUAACAGAGACGACGUGGCCCUUAAAGGUCACUUCAAAUAUUUCAAAGAUGCUUCUGAAGAAGAGAGAGAACAUGCUCAAAAGCUUAUGGAGUACAUGAAUAAAAGAGGAGGCAGAAUCGUCCUCACUCCUAUUGAAGCCCCCGUUAAGCAAGAGUGGGUGUCUGCGCAAGAGGCUAUGCACUCUGCUCUGGAGUUGGAAAAGGCUGUUAAUGAGAGUCUAUUGAAUCUCCAUAGCACAGCCUCUGGUCACAUGGAUGUAAAUCUAUGCGACUUCCUGGAAACUCACUUCCUACAGGAACAAGUGGAUGCCAUCAAAGAAAUCGCCGAUCAUGUUACCAACUUGAAGCGUGUUGGUGAUGGACUGGGGGUGUUUAUGUUUGAUCAAAAAUUGCAUGAUUAAUUUUCGAUAAAACCCUAGAUAUGUUAUUGAAAACUAAUUCUUAAGACUUUUCACAUUACUGGUUUUAUAUAUAUACUAUAUUAUAGUCAAUUAGGGUUUCUAUAUUUAGGCAUAUAAUAAGUCAAUUAGAAGCUUUUAUAUUAUAUUGUAAUAUCUUAUUGCAAAUAUACCUAGCUGUAAGUAUAUGAGGUUCUAUAUAUAAUAUUAUGUGAGAUGAAGAAGGUGCUGUUAAUGUUAACCACUGAAUAAUAAAGACAUUUUAAGUUAAGAAGAAA